GUUUAGCUCAGUAUGAUAAUGCAUUGGUUUCAUCUACAUUUUUAGAAGGUUGUCGAUCAUAAUGAUUGUUGUUCACAUCAGCACCGCCAUGCCCUAUGGCUACAGCCAUAGAUUUGAAUGCAAUUUCUAUGGCUACAGCCAAACGGAUUUGACUAAAUCCUAGGGCUAUGGCUCAGGGCAUCCGGGCGGAGAUGACUCGGUCCCGGGAUGCUACAGGUACGGAUCAGAGCGGCUGGGGUGCGGCUGCAUCGAAAGCGUAGAUUGGAUAUCAUGAUGGAGUUUGGUCUUCCUUGCGACACAUAUCAUCAACUGCACUUGUAUUUGUACUGCACUACAUAUUCUGUAUCUGCCUCAUGGAGUUUUUUUUA